AUGCCAGCCAAUCCAGCUCAAAAUCCAACCCCGCGAAAUCAACCUGCGACGGAGCAGCAGCAGCAGCCUGCUGCGACAAAGCCGAAGAAAAAGAACCGCAAUCGCAAACGGCGCAAUCGCAGGCAGUCAUUUAUUGCUUCUGAAGAUUCGGGGCCAAUUGCGUCUGAAUUAUCGGGAGGACUAGCACGCCCGAAUCCCGAUCAAAUACAAGACCGUGUUCCGUUUUACAGAGGCAGGAAUUUGAGCAAUACAAGCUUGGAGAGUGACGCAUUGUUGGACCAUCGAGACCAACCCAUGAUGCGCCCUCGGCGCGAGAGUCGCCUAAGCCAAUCUUUCCGGCCCGAAUCUUUCAGUCGAGCAGGAUCAUAUUUCCCGAGUUUCGAGGGACCGGGUCCUGGCCAACAGCGCUCGAAUUUUAGAUAUCAACAGAAUAUAUAUGAUCAGGGUGGAAUAGAUGAAGAUGAGCAAGAAGGCAGGCAUAUCACUGACCGAACUCCCCUAAUAACACCAUUGCGAACUGCGAGCCCGUCGAAGCCUGGCUAUGGUACGGACUCGAAAUCUCCCUUCUCGUCAUCCGCGAUACAUCGAAGGCCGUCGACGGCAUCCUCGCCUCUUGCCGCAUCUCAGGAAUAUGACGUUAAUAAUCCUCCAUCGGUUCCGGGGAGCCCUACGGUCGGUGCCACAGAUAUGGGCUACGACGAUGCUAUGGUCACCGGGUUAGAUUUUCCGGCAGGUACUCGGUCACCAGAGGUACGUCGAAGUUCUGUGGAUUUGCUUCGUGAUGCAGUCAUCAACAUGGAAGGCGGGGGUGCCGAUGCAAGAAAGGGGGACUCGAGGCCUCCGUCUCCUCCGGCAGCGUCUCCAGAUGGCUUGCGACGUCGGCGUACCAUUGCGGUUGCCGCGGAGGAAGAUGUGUGUUUUCCGUCUGAGAUUCCGGAAGACUUCCAACCUCAAAUGCACGAUUUGGAGACUGGGGAAAAAAGACGCCGGAGAAGGCGCGAGUGGCCUGAUCUUUCUGUUCUGGAGGAAUGGAGUCGUGAAGAAAAAGAAGAGCAAAGUCUUGAAUAUCGGGUGAAGAAGAUCAGUGAGCCUGUUCUAGUAGGUGGACGUUUACGGCCACAAUACAUCGGAUGGCGGCGGGAAGAAGAAGAUGCGCCGUAUCGAUUUACGUACUUCAACGAGGAAUUUCAGAGCACAAUACACGCGCAGACGAUCUCUGAACUCGUCCAACCUGGAGGAGGGUUUAGGGACCUCUUCAUUCCAGAUCCACCAGAACUUGAGGAUUCUUCGGAUGAUGAGGAGGAUUUGAUUUCGCUGCAUGACCCACCAUCCAACUCAAACUCCAACUCUAAUAUCAACCAGAAUAGCCAGAGCAACAACAAUUAUCUGGCUUCUAGCAUGAACAAUGAGAGUACACCGAACCGGGGAACCAACACCCCUGUACACAGCGCUGACGCUCGUCGAGACAGUGGAUUGCAAUCCAACAACAACAAUAACAACCGCUCAGAGACACAGACGCAGACGUCAAACCAGCCAGACGGAAACCAAAACUCGAAACCCAAACGCUAUGGACCACGGCCGACUUGGUGGCUUGACGUCCUUUGUCCAACGGACGCAGAAAUGCGUGUGAUCUCAAAGGCAUUCGGAAUCCACGCCCUAACAGCAGAAGAUAUCAUGAUGCAAGAAGCGCGCGAAAAAGUCGAGCUUUUCCGAAACUACUACUUCCUGAACUACCGCACCUUUGAACAAGACCCCAACAGCGACAAUCAUCUCGAGCCCGUCAACAUGUACGUCGUCGUGUUUCGAGAAGGUUGUCUGAGCUUCCAUUUCUCGCAGACACCGCAUCCAGCCAACGUUCGUCGACGGAUUCGACAAUUACGCGAUUAUCUAAUAUUGAGUUCUGAUUGGAUCUCGUAUGCUCUCAUCGACGAUAUCACAGACGUCUUCGGCCCUCUCAUUCAAACAAUCGAGAACGAAGUCGAUGAGGUAGACGACACGAUCAUGGGAAUGCACAACACCGUCGACGACUACUCCGGAAACAACAAGGAGAACGGCAAGGGUGACCCCAACAACGACGCCCAAUCCACAACCUCCAUCGCGCCAGGCGAAAUGCUACGCCGCGUAGGCGAAUGCCGCAAGAAGGUAAUGGGCAUGUACCGUUUGCUUAGCAACAAAGCAGACGUAAUAAAGGGGUUCGCGAAACGGUGCAAUGAGCAAUGGGAGGUGGCGCCCAAGUCCGAGAUUGGGCUUUAUCUGGGCGAUAUUCAGGAUCACAUUAUGACUAUGACGAGUAAUCUAACGCAUUAUGAAACACUACUGUCGCGAGCACAUUCCAACUACCUAGCUCAAAUCAACAUCCUCAUGAACGAGCGCCAGGAGCGAACCGCAGACGUGUUGGGCAAAUUGACGGUUCUGGGUACCAUCGUCUUACCCAUGAACAUCAUCUGUGGUAUGUGGGGGAUGAACGUCAAGGUUCCUGGCCAGGAAGUUGAUAAUUUAUAUUGGUUUUGGUCAAUUACGGCUGGCCUCGUCUUCUUUGGCGUUGCAUCAUUCCUGAUUGCGAAGAGGGUGUAUCGGAUUGUCUGA